AUGAGUAGUAAUAGAGAUAAAAAAAAGAUUUUCACACAAAGAGCCAGAUUGGGUAAAGGUGAAAAAGAAGAUUCAUCAAGAUUGUCAAUUGGAAGAUUUGCAAAUGAAAGAAAUAAAGUUUAUGUUUCUAAAAAAAAAAUUGAAUUACAUAAUAAAGAAAAAAGUUUUAAAACAAAAUAUGAUAAAUUUAGUAAAAAAUUAGAAAAUAAUUCAAAUAUGACAGAUAUUUAUGAACAAUAUCAAGAUAAUGACCCAAUGUCUAGAUUUGGUGUUGGUGAUGAUUCAAAAUAUUCAAAGUUGGAAAAUAAAAAAAGAAAUAAUAAUAAUAAAAAUAAUAAAAAUAAUAAUAAUAAUAAUAAUGAUGAACAAGAUGAAAAUGUAAAUAAUGAUAGUGAUAUUGUACAAGAUGAUAAAAAUAAUAAAAAUAAUAAUAAUAAAGAAAAAAAAAAUAUAAAAAGUGGUGAUGGCAAUAAUUUAAAUAAAAAUAAAAAAGAUGGUGAUAAUGAAGAUGAUACUAAAAAGGAUAAUAGUAAUAAUAAUAAAGAUAAAGAAGAACCUUCAAUUCAAGCACAAUUUAAAAAUGCAAAAUAUCAAUUUGAAAAAGAGAAAAAAGAGAAACAAGAAUUUUUCAAACAAAUGGCAGAGAAAAAAGAAAAAUUAAGAAAACAUAUCCAUGAAAAAAAUAAAGAAAAAUUUGGUUCAAUUUUAAAGAAAACUAAAAAAGGUCAACCAAUUAUGUCAAACCAAAUUAAUAAAUUAUUAUCAAAAAUAAUGGAUAAUAAAUAA